ACCAGAGCUCUGCCUUUGCUUGGCUUGUGUUACAGAACAGUAUGGUGCUUUCUGCUGCUAUCUUCGUCACGCUGAUUGGGCUAAUCAUAUACCUGCACUUCGUGAAAAUCGACCAGGAAUCCCUGCUGGUCAUCGGCUCCCCCCCUAAAGAGAGCACAACCUUCAUUGAGAUGGGUCAGGUGAAGGAUGUCGUCAUCAAUGAAGCCAUCCACAUGCAAAAAGUUAUCUACUACCUAUGCAUCCUCCUCCAGGACCCUGGAGAUCCUCAAGGAGUAUCUGAGGUUGUGCCACUCUUUCAGAGCUCCAAGCCACGCCUGGACUGCUUGAUAGAAGUGUACAAAAGCUGUCAAGAAAUCCUGGAGCAGAGGAAGACAGCUCCACAAUCAAGCGGGAUAAAAUAG